AUGAAGAGAUGGAAUAUAAUCGCCUUACCCACCACUGUCGUCCUACUAGAAUUCGCGGCAGUGGCUGCUGCCCACGGCGAUGAGGGCGGAAACGAACCCACAGCGGUAAUGAGCAAUUCAUCUGACGAGCCUCAUCUUCCACCAAGUUAUAUGCGUCACCCUGAGCACGUCACCCUCAUUCUGGCGCACAUUGCACUGAUGAUCGUCGGAUGGGUGUUUGUUCUGCCUAUCGCUGUUGUCUUCAGCGUGGCCCGCUCGCGCCUCACCAUGGUAGCGCAGCUGGUAUUCCUUUCGAUAAAUGCACUUGGGGUGCUAAUAGGUAUCAUCUAUAACCAAUCGACCCCUAGUUUAUACGAGCAUGGGAAGCACGGUAUAAUUGGAUAUACCAUAACCCUGCUUGUAUCUGCUUGGGUGUUUCUCGGCCUCGCUGAUACCUAUACCCGCCGCAAUUUGCACAAGCGACACUUCGCCGGGACUGACUCUUCAUUGCAGGAUGAAGCGUCAGGUUGGCAGUCAGAGAAUUUGAUAGCGGAUAUCACCGCAGAAUACAACCAAGACUACAACGAAAACGACUCUGGGGACGAUGAGAAGCAUGGGUUCUUACGCGGCACAAUCGUGGACCGCUUCUUCAGGGGCAACUUUGCGCGAUUCGAGCGCACCAUUCGCGCAAUCCGCCUCUUCCAUCUGGUGCUCGAACGUGCCGCGCUGGUACUUGGAUUUCUAGGUAUUACCACUGGCGCCGUUAUCUACACUGGCAUUUUUCACGGCCGCAACAUAUUCAACGGCGUAGCACAUUUCAUCAAGGGCGGCAUCUUCUUCUGGUAUGGCCUUUUGACAUUUGCGAGAUGGAUGGGGUGCUUCGCCGAUAUGGGGUGGGCGUGGAACCGCAAGCCGUCGCGCAAUCUGGUCGGCAAAGUCGCGUCCAUGCCAUCAGCUGAGUUUGUUGAGUCGGCGGUGAUUUGUUUCUAUGGAGUGUCAAACGUCUUCUUGGAGCAUCUUGCAAACCCAGGUGGCGAAUGGGCUGCGAUUGAUUUGGAGCACGUAUCGAUUACGCUCAUGUUCUUCGGCGGUGGAUUGGUAGGUAUGAUUAUCGAGUCUACCUAUGUCCGCGAUGUGCUCAUGUCCAAUAUUACAAUCAUCAGGGCCGACUCUGCCUUGCAUGGUGAGGGCGCUUCUUUCUCGCAACCUAAGCAAUACGCCUUCUCGAUGAAUCCCAUGCCAGCGCUCAUCAUAUACCUCCUUGGGCGGAUGAUGGGCUCGCACCACCAAACUAGCGUGGUGAGCACUAAGAUUCACACACAGUGGGGAGACCUGUUCUCCGGUUUCGCAAUGGCGCGCAUGGCCACAUACGCUCUUCUAUAUAUCCAACCGCCGGUAGGCCACCUCCCACAGCGUCCGCCUACGGAGGUACUAAGCAGCUUUUGUCUCGUCGCGGGUGGUAUGCUGUUCAUGAUGAGCAACAGGGAUACCGUGAAUGGGCUUGAGUGGAACGAACUAGGUGCCAUGUUCACCUUCAACAUCACCAUGGGUCUAGCAGCCUUCCUAAUGGCUUGGAGCACUAUUGUUAUGGCGCUGAAGGGCUGGGCACAACUGAGAGUGGCGAAAGGACGGGAAAACCGAGUUGCUGCUGCGUCUUAGAGAGAAUAUGGGCAAGCACAUUGAGUCAAAGUUCUUUCCUGCGUUUGCAACAGAAUGUUUGUUAGGCUUCUACAUCGUAAGGGCGAAAGGGGUUCCGCCCAAACCUCCUAGCGGACCUGGUUUAUAAGCAGCAAGAUUAUGAUUGCCUGUAAUUUUCGCUAAUUCUGCGCAAGUAUUCGUAUUGACUGCUUUGAAGACGUAGCUGCGAAUGCUAGACUAUUAGCAGGCGUUAGCUAUAUGCACGCAACCUCUGCGAUAUAAUACAAGGACUAGAAGUGAAUUCUGGUAUACUAGAUACAGGCAGCGGAAUGCGCAGAGAAUAGACUUGUAUUAUGAUCCAG